AUUGGGUGUAAACAAAUAAACAACGAAGAUGAUUCACGUAGGAGAAAACUCUUGGAUUCUCAGAAUAUUUAUAACUGACCUCCAGGUGGAAAAGCAGUUAAGGGUCAGGGGCGAUCAACAUAUUGGUGGUAUUAUGUUGCAAUUGGUUGAUCCUGAAAAUCCAAAGGAUUGGUCUGAUCAUGCUCUUUGGUGGCCGGAGAAAAAUAUGUGGCUCACACGUACAAGGUCUACAUUAGAUCAGGUGGGUGUUCAAGCGGAUACACUGUUACAUUUUACGCCAAUGCAUAAAGUACUACGUGUUCAACUUCCGGAUUUGCGUUACCUUGAUUGUCGUGUAGACUUCUCCAUCAAAACGUUCACAGCCGUUGUGAAUCUGUGCAAGGAUUUGGAUAUACGUCACCCCGAGGAGUUGUCGUUCUGCAAACCACUGGAACAGGAACAUCUCAAAAAGAAUUAUGGCAAGUAUCCGCAGAAAAAAGUAGCAAUUCCAGAAGCAAAUGGACCUUGCUAUUUGCAACCAGCUCCGGAUACAAAUUCCUUCAUUCCAAUUAAUUCGGCCUACAAAGGAGGCAGUAGCGGUAGUUUGGAUAGAACACAGAAUGGUAAUUUACUAUGUGCUCCGGUGUCACCAUACAAUACAACACCUAGGAAAGGUGGAACCGCACCGGGAACUCCUGUAAUGUCAUCGCCUACAGGCACAUGGAGAAAUGCAAGCAGCAAUUACGAUUCUUCAUCGAGUCUGGGAGAUUACCAAGAAAACCUGGCAGCAUCUCCCCGUUGUCCUAGUCCAGAUGUUAGAUCUCGACUUGUUCGACCGAAAACAUUGGUUGAAAAAGCUCGUAUGAACGUCGGUUGGUUGGAUUCGUCUCUGUCGAUCAUGGAGCAGGGCAUCAGGGAAUAUGACACCUUGUGUCUGCGUUUCAAAUACUACACGUUCUUCGAUUUAAAUCCAAAAUACGAUUUGGUGCGUAUUAAUCAAUUGUACGAACAAGCAAAAUGGUCAAUACUGAACGAAGAGUUGGAUUGUUCGGAGGAAGAAAGUUUGAUGUUUGCCGCUUUGCAAUUUCAAAUAAACCAAUUAAACGAAUUCCAGUCUUAUCAAGACUCUGGCUUAGAUUCGACGUACAAUGAGAAUGGAACAGACGACGAUAUCGACUCGGCUCUGAAUGAGUUGCAAAUUACCCUUGAGGGUCCAAAUUCUAGCCAUGAUUGCAAUAUUACCCAAAUCCCAGAACUCUCCGACUACUUGAGAUUCUUGAAGCCACGAAAAUUUACAAUGAAAGGCUACAAGAGGUACUUCUUUGCCUAUCGUGAUUUACAUUUGCACUUGUACAAAACUGCCGAAGACUCACGACGUGGAGCACCGGUUAUAACAAUUAAUUUAAGGGGCUGUGAAGUAACUCCCGAUGUCAAUUUAUCCCAACAGAAGUUUGCUAUACGCCUUGAAGUUCCACCGGAAAGUGGAAAUGGACCAAAUACGGAAGUGUGGAUUAGAUGCGAGACGGAAGAUCAAUAUGCCAAAUGGAUGGCUGCAUGUCGUUUGGCAGCCAAGGGCCGUUCCCUGGCCGAUAGUACAUACGAUGCUGAGGUGGCCAAUAUAAGAACACUGUUGAAUUUGCAAAAGCCAAAUCAGAAGGCAGCAGUAAGUGUUGACCCCAGAACAAUAGAUAGUCAAGAUUAUCUGUCACCUAAAAUGCUGCGAAAGCUGUCGGGUAAAGCCGCUAUUAAAAUCUUGGAAGCUCAUGCCAAUGUAACCAAACUAACACUCAUCGAAGCCAAAAUGAAGUACAUACAGGCCUGGCAGUCGCUGCCCAAUUUCGGUGUAUCAUUGUUCGUUAUUAAGUUCGAUGGCCAUAAGAAGGAGGAGCUCCUCGGUGUUGCACAUAAUCGCAUUAUGCGCAUGGAUCUCAACACUGGCGAUCAUAUUAAAACCUGGCGUUACAAUACAAUGAAGGCAUGGAAUGUCAAUUGGGGUAUCAAGUGUAUGAUGAUUCAGUUCCACGACGAGAACGUUGUGUUCUCUUGUCUGUCGGCCGAUUGUAAAGUUGUUCACGAAUUUAUCGGAGGUUACAUUUUUAUGACAAUGCGUUCUAAGGAAAAUAAUCAAACUCUGAAUGAGGAAAUGUUCCAUAAGUUAACCGGUGGUUGGAUAUAA